UUUACCACAAGCCCUGCAAUUUAGCGUAGCAGCGAACUCAAGUACACCAGCCACAGCAGCGAGCUCUGAGGCUGCAAUGGAAGGAUUAAUUGAAGUCGCACGCCCCCGAGGCCGGCACAUAAAGAAGAGGGCUCUCAAGAACAAAGCUGUCGCAGUCACUUUCGAUGAGAAAGAUCUUAGCGACUUUGUGGGUGGGUUUCAUAAGAGGAAGAAGAAAAGGAGAAAGGAAGCACAGAAGCAGCAAGGGGAGGCGCAGAGGCGAAAGCGUAUUGAGCAGCGAAAAAAGAGGAAACUGGAAAGAGAAAUGGUCUAUGGUGGAGCUCCACCAGCCACUGGUUCAGCACUUGAUGAGAAUGAUGACUGCCAAGGAGAGGAUGAGGAAAAUGAGCCAAUUCCAUCUAUUUCUGGGACAACAACGUAUGACCAUGGCAACACGAAAGUCACAGUGACAACAAGUGAGAUCUCUCCUGCAGAAGAAACCUUUCCAAUUGACAAAACACAGAUAGCAGUGCCCCAAUUAAUUGGAGCUGAUAAGAAGCACAAUGUGCCUGUGACUAAGAAGCAAGCAUUCAAGAGAGUUGCGAAACCAAAAUCACGCCCAAAGCCUCAGAAUAAAAGAGACAGAAAGAAGGGAAAGAAAAAGAACAAAAAAACAAGAUAGCCGUCUGUCUGGAUCAUCCUGAUCAUAAAAUUAAAAUUAAUGAGCUUUGCUGUGCAAGGUUUUGGUAUAUGAUAGCUAGCUGAGCUGCCAACCUUAUUUUAUGUAUACUGUUUAUCACGGGAUUUUGUGUCGAAGAGUGAGCCUAAUUCCACUCUUGGCUUUUCUGGGAACCUUCACAAUAGUGUUUGGUAUAAUGAUAGCUGAGCUGCCGACCUUGUUUUAUGCAUAAUGUUUAUCAUGGAUUUUGUUGUGAAGUGAGUGAGCCUAAUUUCACUCUUGGCUUUACUUGGAACCUUCACAAUAGUGUUGUAGUGGAUUAUUUUUCCCCUUUACCGUAUCAUGAAAAUAUGGUUAUAGCCGUA